AUGCCUCGGGGUCGAAAGAGUAAGCUCCGAGCCCGUGAGAAACGCCACCAGGCCCAAAGUGAAACCCAGGGUCUUCACGGUGCUCAGGCCGCUGCAGCAGAGGAAGAGUCCCCUUCCACUUCCUCUCUUGUUUUGGGGGUUACUCCUCCUGGCUCCCCUGCUGCUGGCAUUCCCCAGAAGCCUCAGGGAGCCCCCCACACCCCCACUGCUGCUGUGGGUGUUUCACGCAAGAGAUCUGGUAAAGGUGCCAAGGGUAAAGGUGAGGGAAGAAAAAAUUCCUCCCAGGCCUCAACCUCCACUGAGAGCUCACACCAUGAUCUUCUAACCAGGAAGGCAGGAACGCUGAUGCAGUUCAUGCUGCACAAGUAUAAAAUGAAAGAGCCCAUUAUGAAGGCAGAGAUGCUGAAGGUUGUCCACAAAAGGUACAGAGAGCAAUUCCCUGAGAUCCUCAAGAGAGCCUCUACGCACAUGGAGAUGGUCUUUGGCCUUGACUUGAAGGAAGUCAACCCCAGAAAUCACUCCUAUACCCUUGUCAGCAAGCUAAAUCCCACUGAUGAUGGGAGCCUGAGCGGUUCCCGGGGCUUUCCCAGGAAUGGGCUUCUAAUGCCUCUGCUGGGUGUGAUCUUCUUCAGUGGCAAUUGCGCCUCCGAGAAAGAGAUGUGGGAAUUCCUGAAUAUGAUGGGAGUCUUUGAUGGGAAGAGUCAUUUCAUCUUUGGGGAUGUCAGGAAGCUCAUCACCCAAGAUCUGGUGAAGGAAAGGUACCUGGAGUAUCAGCAGGUACCCAACAGUGAUCCUCCACGCUAUCAGUUCCUGUGGGGUCCAAGAGCCCAUGCUGAAACCAGCAAGAUGAAAGUCCUGGAGUUUUUGGCCCAACUCAUUAAUACCACCCCUAGUGUCUUCCCAUUCCAUUAUGAAGAGGCUUUGAGAGAUGAGAAAGAAAAAGCUUCAGCCAGAGCCGCAGCCAUGCGUGGCACUUCUGCCAAGGCCAGUGCAUGUUCUAGGCCUACACAUCUGACAGCUCCUCCUGCCCCUAGUGACGUGUGA